CAAAGACACAGCGAAGAAAGAAGAUUUCUUCCUCCAGUCUGCGUUGUGUCAUUUCUUCUGCCGUUGAACUGAGAUGCCUGUAGAGACGCGAUCAAUCAGAGACAGAUCUGCAGUGGGUCGGUUUCCAGCUGUCACUCUGGGAUUUGGGGAUGACUCAGAGGAAGAGAAGGAAGAGCCGGAGGUCAUCUAUGAUGAGAAAGAAAAUGCAUGUCGGAGGUGGCUGCGUAAGGUCUGCCCAUGCUGCUGUCCCAAGCCAAAUAACGAUGAUGUAACAGACACUUUGAUGACAGGGCUUGAUGAGCUGGAUAAAGACGAAGGGAUAAAUGGCGAAAAGCCUGAGACCGGUGCCAGCGAGCUCGAUGAGCUCCUCCUGAAAGUGCGAUCAAUAGACCUGAUGAAAAGCAAAUCAGGGGAGAACCGCACAGAGCACCACACAGACCUCUACCAAAGUGAUGACUUGAUUAUACGCAGAGGGCAGAAUUUCCAGAUGUGGAUUACACUCUCUCGACCUUUUAACCCCGAAACUGACAAACUUCACCUUGAGCUGAAAACAGGGCCGCUGCCAACAGUGUCAAAGGGAACCCAUGUCAUCAUCCCACUGGUGGAGGACUUAAUGGAUGAAGGUUGGGAGGCUGCUGUUGUGAAACAGGAUGACAAAAGGAUUAAGCUGUCAGUGCGUUCUGCCCCGACGGCGGUCAUUGGCCGAUAUCAGCUCAUAGUGGAAACAAACACUGCACACGGCCAGGCUGUCUCCACACAUGAUCCUGCUAAUGACAUCUACAUGUUGUUCAACCCCUGGUGUGAAGAUGACUCAGUGUUCAUGGAUUCUGAAGAUGAGAGGCAGGAAUAUGUCAUGAAUGAUAUCGGACGAAUCUACUACGGCACACAGGAUCAAAUUGGAGUGCGGACAUGGAACUAUGGACAGUUUGAUGACGGGAUUCUUGCUGUCUGUGUGUUCGUCCUGGAAAAGAGUGGAACUCCUCCGUCUGGUUGGGGAGACCCGGUUAAUGUGGUGCGAGUCAUCUCAGCCAUGAUCAACUCCCUUGAUGACCGUGGUGUAGUUCAGGGAGACUGGUCAGGAGACUAUUCAGCUGGAACUAGUCCACACAUUUGGAGCGGAAGUGUGGAAAUCCUGAAGGAAUACCAUAAAAACACAGGACACCCCGUUAAGUACGGCCAGUGCUGGGUCUUUGCUGGCGUAUUUACCACAGUUUUACGGUGUUUAGGCAUUCCCAGUCGAACUGUGACCAACUACAGCUCGGCUCACGACACAGACGUCUCCUUGACGACAGAUGUUUACCUGGAUGAGAACCUGGAGCCUAUAGAUCACCUCAAUUCUGACUCUAUCUGGAAUUUCCAUGUGUGGAACGACUGCUGGAUGGCUCGUCCUGACUUGCCCCCAGGCAACGGAGGCUGGCAAGCUGUCGACGCCACACCUCAAGAGACCAGUCAGGGCACCUUCCGCUGUGGCCCUGCUUCUCUGGCUGCUGUUCGAAAUGGCCAGGUCUACCUCAAACAUGACACCCCGUUUGUGUUUGCAGAGGUGAACAGUGAUAAAAUAUACUGGCAGAGGAACAUAGAUGGGACCUUCAGUCAAAUCUACAGUGAGAAAAAGACGGUGGGCCACUACAUCAGCACGAAGGCUGUCGGCUCUGACGAACGCAACGAUAUCACACACCUUUACAAACACCCUGAAGGCUCAGAGGAGGAGCGCAUUGCUGUGGAAACAGCAUGUAGCUAUGGCUCCAAAGCAGAGGCCUACUCCUCUCCCACAGCAGAGGAUGUCUCUAUAGAAGUGACCAUGGAAGGUGAAGGUCCUACAAUGGGGAAAGAUGCAGAACUGACCAUCAUUUUGCGAAAUAGCAGCUCAGAGGAACGCAAGCUCGUCCUGCACAGCCAGGUGGCAGUCAUGUACUACACCGGUGUCCACAAAGCCACAGUCAGAAAGGACAAGACGGACCUGGACCUGCUGCCCAACGAGGAAAAUAAUUUGGAGUGGACUCUGGAGUACCAAGACUACAAGGACCAACUGGUCGACCAGGCCGCUCUGAUGCUGACACUGUCAGGCAGGGUCAAAGAAACACAGCAGGUCGUGGCCACUCAGUUCAGUUUCCGGCUCAGGACACCACAACUAGACAUAAAGCCGAUCGGGAAGGCUGUGGUAGGAGAGAAGAUGGCAGUAGAGAUUUUAUUUACCAACCCACUGCCACAGGUGCUAAAAGCUGUGAUAUUCCACGUGGAAGGACUGGGCCUCCUAACUGCUCGAAAGAUUCAUUAUGGAGAUAUUGGCAGUCGUGCCUCGGUGUCUCUGACUGAGCACCUCGUCCCCACCCUGCCUGGUCCAAGGAAAUUACUGGCUUCAUUGGACUGCAAGCAGCUCACACAGGUUCACGGUGUUACCGAAAUCAUUGUGGAGGAGAAAAGCAAUGGUGCUCUAUAACCACUGAAAAUGGAGACACUUUGACACUAAAUCUUUCUUAGGUCUUUUUCAUCUAAACUAUAUGGAAAACUACAGUAUACAUUGACAAAAGUGUGACACUAUAGAGCUGCUUUAUUCUGCAAGAGAAUUUCAAAAUGAUCAAUGGCCAAAGAGAGAUAACUAACUAUGAAAGAGAUAAGAAAAAUGGGGUGUUUGUGGGACGGAGCUUUUUAUAUUCUAUGAAAACUAGUAUUAUCAUAACUUACACCAAGCUGAUUACAUUUAAUGUAAUCCCACAGGUUGGACAGUGUGGCAGCUUGAAUGAAAGAUGUGUGCUUCUGCAAAACAGGCUGUACAUUAAGAUAAUGUUCUGUGUUUAUAUAUGCAAUAUAUUUAUUUUGUCAA